AUGGCAUCGCUAUUUGUGCUAUUGCGCAACUGGCGCGAUGCACUGACCCUCGUAUCUCGAAAUGGCAGCGACGACGAGGGCUAUGGUGCCCUCAAGGUACUUCCGCGUGAGAUCCGCCAACAAAUCUACCAGUACGCCCUCGCGGACCACGUCGCCCUGACUCGUGAUUCCAUUGCACCAAGAAAGCCGAAAGCCACGAAUUCACUCUCUCUCCUUCGCGCGUCCAAAGCCAUCAACAAGGAAGCGCAGAAGUGCCUCUACCCCCUCAGCACCUUCACCUACAGCUACCAUCUCAUGUACGAGCCCUCCAUCCAAUCAUCCCAUACCUUCCACCGCUCCCCUACAAACGUGAGGAUUGCACCUCAAUACACACGACACCAGCACCACAACAAUGGGGAGCCUGCGCCCUUAUACGUCAAGUACUAUGAGUAUCGUUCAAUUGAGAUUGAUCGCGUCAUGAACAUCGAGCUGGAUAUCACCAUUUCUACACUCGAUUUAGCGCAUAUGACGAACGACAUGUCAGUCGGAUACGGCCUGCGUCCUGGGUUCUGGCUUGGCCGCUUUGCUCCCUUCAUGGGGACAAAGGUACCCAGAAAGCUGUGUACAAUCAACAUGAGCACAGGGCCCGACACCAACUUCCAGCACCUCAUUCUCUUCACCAUGAACACCACCCUCGGCAUCUUCAUGAAGGACCUCGUAGGCUUCAAUACGCUAGUUCUGGACCUCAAACGCUCUGACCGACGCAACCCCCUGGAAUUCACGGAAACACUCACGCAGCAGAAGAUGGCAUUCUUGCCUGGAAAGGUACAAACCUUGUCCAAGAGUAUUGCAAGGAUUGGCCGGCAUUUCGAGCCGUUCUGGGGGCCCUGUGUGAAUGUUGACGCCGACUUUAAGGAGACGACGAUGGCGUUUGAGUAUCAUGGAGCAUUGACUUUCCGUCCGCUGGAGCAUCAGAGGAAGGUGGAGACUGAGGAGUGGACUCAUGGGACGGCGCAGAAGCGCAGGAGUGAGGAGAGGAGGGAGUUGAGGGAGAAGCGUGGGCAGACGAUGUUUUGA